UUGGAUGUUGUGUUGAUAGAAGAGCUGUACGAAUACUGAUACCAAAAACACAAUCAAACGCAUCAUUUAUAGCGCCUCCUACCGGAAGUCCAAAACGAAAGGAAAACUCCGUCGUCAAGGUCCAACAGAAGGCCGGAAAAGCGUCGCGUUUGGCUCGUUAUAAAAGCAGACGAUCAUUGGGACAAACGAUCACAGUUCACUUGCAACGUUUUCGCGAUCAUAUCCAAUCGAUCAACGCACUCAACUGUGACCAUGAAGGGAUUCAUCGCGAUCGCUGUGUUGGCUCUGGCCACCGUCUCCCAAGGAUCGUAUCUGCCAGCGGUGCAGUCGGUCCUUCCGUACGCCUACAGCUCUGGCCUCCAUGGCCUGGGUGCCUAUGAUGGUCUGGGUCAUUACUCGUCGCUCGGUGGACUGGGAUACUCAUCGGUGCUGGACCAUGGCCUCUCCUACCCGUACUCGGCCGCUGUUCCGUACUCUGUCUACAACAACGGUCUGUAUGGAGGAUUCUACGGUGCCAAGUACGCCCCAACUGUUGUCCAGGCCAACGUGAACACUUUGAAGACGGUCAGCCCGCUGGGUCUGUAUGGAGGAUACGGUGUGGAGCACGGAUACGGACUCGGUCACGGAUACGGCUAUGGAUACAACAACUACCUCCCAGUCCAGGGUCAUGCUGCGAAGUACGUUGCUGCCAACCCAGGAGCCGUCCAUGUGGCUCCUCUGCCAGGCCAUCUGGUCAACCAGAAGUCGAUUGUGGCGUAAAUGACUGUGAUCGCGAGUAAAUGUAUGUGGAAUUGUAAAUAAAUGGAACAUAUUAAUCAAAAUUUGUUUGACUGUAUAAUCCUUUCAAUUCAAUCGUUGGACGGUUUGGAGUCAUGGAAUCGUUACUUUGAA